GCGCGAUAAGUAGUACGUGUGUUUACGGUGCCAGUGCAGUGGUUCCUUGGAUCAUGCUUGGAUGAUGACGAUGCGAAUAUUUCGUUAAAAACCCACACCGAUUCUUCGCCGCUUCAGUAAAAGUUCACAAGGCUUCAUCAGUUAAUGAAGGAAUAAUCAGUAGAACCAUCCCACAAAAUGUCGACGGAGGCUACGCUCCAGCUGCUCUGUGGAGAGAAGAAACUUGACCGAGACCGAGGUUUGGGCGAGCUUCAGCGGCUGAUGGACGAGUGCGACCCGCCGGGCCUGGAGCGCUUGGAGACGGCGUUGACGAGCUUGCUGCACGGUCAGGAUUCUCAGACAUCGUGGGAGACGAGGCAAGGGGUUCUGUUGGGCUCCAAGGUGGUCGUAAUGCACGAGUGGGGCAGUGAGACUUUUGCCACACAACUCCGAUUGUAUGCUCUCCAUUCACUCAACGAUGAUGAAGCAAGAGUUCGCAUCGCAGCUGGCGAGGUCCUGGGUGCACUCUGCAAACGUUGCGGCACGGAGGUCUACCAGUCGGCCUGCGAGCUGAUCCACGAUGGAGUGCGGAACAACCUGGAGCGCAUCCCGCUCUCGGAGAGAUCGGAGGGGGAGAGGGAGAACACCCACAUCUUGAUGGAGAAACUGGCCGUUCAGCAUGAGCAGGGAGGGAGUGCAACAGCAGAGCAGAUUUUCCAUGAUACUGCAGGCUGGAAAAACCUGGAAACCUGGAUGAAGUGCUUGGAGUCCGUCAUCAAUGGCUGUGGGCCUCAUUUCGUCCCGUUCAUCACACAGGAUCUUCUAGACCUCAUCUUUCAGACCCUGACCCAUACCAACCGGUUCGUCAGGGAGACGGGGUACUACGUCAUGUCAUCUCUAGUCAGCUGCACAUCACCACAAGAUAACGGAGACGAUGCGAUGGAGUCGUGUAGCGAGUUAACUGAUGAGAGCCCGGUCUUGCAUUAUGGUGACCAGGUGGCCCAACACCUUGCUGAGGGUUUAGCAGACAACUGGAGUCAGGUGAGGAUGGCCAGUUCGGUAGCGACAAGAAAGUUCCUUCUGAACCUGCCAAACUGUGAGAGCAGAGAGAAGUUCUUUCCUCUCCUCUUACCAAGGAUGUGUUUGAAUAGGUAUUAUGUUGCUGAGGGUGUGAGGACAUACUCACAGCAUACAUGGAGGCAAGUGACUGGGGAGCAGGGCAAACUGUUUGUGGAGGCAAACAUGCCAAAUAUGGUAGAUUACUACAUCGAACAGACCGAUGCAAACAACCAUGCAGUGAGGGAGGCUUCCUGUGCCUGCAUAGCAGAGUUAGGGUCCAAGCUGAAUAAGGAAGUGGUGCGUCCCUUCGUAGGCAGACUUCUGGCUGCGUUAUUGGAGUGUUUCAGUGAUGACAGCUGGCCAGUCAGAGAUGCUGCAUGUGUAGCUUGCGGCAACUUUGUCAAUUGUUUCCCAGAAGAAUCAAGGCCAAGUAUGGAGAAGUUGUACCCGUUGUUCUUUGCCAACCUAGCUGAUAACAUCCCGUCAGUCAGGCAAGGCGCUGCCGUUGCACUGCUCAAUGUGGCCAAGGCAUAUGGUGAGGAGGCUAGCAACCUCCUUAUGGACAAAAUCAAGGAAGGAGUCUCUGGUCUCGAAACGCAAACAGCCACUUCUGAGAAAUACGGUGACCUGGAGAAAGGUCCGGCCACGUUUAGUGUCGCCAAGAGGUUACGAGAUAACGACAUCGAGUUACAUUCAGACAAACAGAUGUAUUCAUGUGGCUCCCUGGCACCUAAGAUGGGGCGGGGCUCCAAGAGAGAGGGAGGCUGCAUGGAUCAUAAAUUCCGCAGGCCGUCCGAACCAUGGGAAGUUUGUGAAGGGUGCAUACAGUUAUUAUCAGAGCUGUCAUCAAUACAGUCCUUAUCUGCCUCUGUUGGGACUCUCUUACCAUCAGUAGCAGAGGCUACGAGGAACCAGACCUAUGCUCAGCAUGUUCAUCUCUUAGAAACAGUUUGCAAACAGCUCCCAGUCAUAGCCAAGAACAUCGGCAAGCGAUAUUUUAAGCCAAACUUGGAGAGAUUUCUGGACAGUAUCUUCUAUGCCUUGUCAUGUGACAACGCCCUUACCAGCAGUGCGGCAAGCCUUUGCCUGAUUGAGCUUGGCAAGUACCUAGGCCCCAAUAUACUCAAAGGAAGAGUUGAGCAGUAUAACCCAAAUUAUAUCAACAAACUCCUUGCCAACCAGUGUGGAGCACCACUCUGAAGACUAUCCUAGAACAACCAGAUGGCCAGAUGCUCCCGUCAGCAACAAACCAUACAUGUAGUAUUAAGUGAUAAGCUUUUUUUUCUAGGCAUUAAAUACAUUAUUAUUUGUCACAAAGAAUUAGUCAAUCUCAACUUUGAAGAGUAUAUACCAUGAUUUUAAAACAAGAAUUAUUUCAAGAGAAUCCCUUUAAAAUACUGUUUUGGAAGUUUCAAAGUUUCCAGAUUUAGGACAAAUUUGCACUUAUUGUAAAAGCUAUGAUCACUUAUAUGUAUAUCAGUUUAUGUAACAGACCCAAGUACAGACUGCUUUAGUUUGAAAUCAACAGUGUCAUGUGUCCAUGAAAAUACCUACAAAAUCCCUUAACCAGUUACACUGAGGACGUGCAAACACAAUCUGGGCGACAGGAUAUAUCUUCAAGCUUUUCCCGAGUCUCUGGCAGCGGACGUGUAUACACGUCAGUGGUUCCCAUUGUACGCACUGUGUUUUGAACUUGAGCUUGGCCACUGUACAUGGCCUGUCGUCGUAGCAAAUAUUGCUCCAUGGCGGGGUCUCGGAGUGUUGCAAAACAUGAAGUUACGAUAAGAAGUACCGUACAAAUAUUGUACAAAUGACCCUCUAGAGUCUGUAUUUGCGGUGUUUCAACCCUGUUUGACUUACUUUAAAAUUUGGCCGAUAUGUCUUGUCUUUUUUUAAAAAAGGAAUUUUUUUUUGGCCGAAAAUAAUCCCAGCGGCAAGUAUUUCAGUAAGAGUACAUACAUGUACAUGUACCUCUUUGGUUCGUACUGCUUCAUUGUGGUGCUGCACUUUAUGUACAGUUGUCCAAAAAAAAUCUGAUUGAAGUUUUACUUUGAAGAGUAACUUCAAUCAUUUGGCAGCCGUGUUAUUUCAGUGAAACAGAUUUUGGAUUUGUAGUGACUAUUUUAUGUAUGAUUAAAUUUGUAGUGACUGUUUUAUGUAUGAUAAAAAAGUACUUUUGACAGUAAAUAU